GAGACACGACUUACAAAGGAAUGAAUCUUAAGUGUCAUGGCGACUUACUAGGAAAUCAAGAAUUGAAGUAUUAGUAAAUAGAAGACCCUUUCUCUGUUACUUUAAUAAUUAUCUAUGGACUGAAAGCUAACUUCUUAGAGACGAAUAGUUUUCAACUGUGAACAAGUGAAUAAAUACAAUCUGGUGAUGUUAGAUGUUAAGAAGUAGAAGAUUUUAUGAAAUGAUUUGUUGGAGAGCCUGAACAAGACACUCACAAACCUUACAAAAUGAGUGAGAAAAGGCCUGAGCAGAGUAUAGCUGCCGCUAGAGCCAGUGUUAUGGUUUACGAUGAAACAAAUAAGAAGUGGAUUCAUGCUGGAUUAAGUCAUGGACUUAGCAAGGUUCAUAUUUAUCAUCAUUUAAUCAACUCAACCUUCCGGGUUGUAGGACGGAAACUACAGGAUCACGAGGUGGUGAUCAACUGUGCAAUCUUGAAGGGAUUAAAGUAUAACCAAGCAACUCCUACCUUUCAUCAAUGGCGGGAUAAUAAACAGGUUUACGGGUUGAACUUCAGUAGUAAGGAUGAUGCUGAUGUUUUUGCCACUGCAAUGCUCAAAGCUCUAGAGGUAAAACAUAUUUUUAAUUUUCUUGUCCUACAGGGGUAUCUUGGGUAGGUACAUUUUAAAAAU